UAGGUGAAGCAGGCACCAUGUUGGAGGGGUCGCUGGGCGGAAACUUUUCCCACAUCACGUUCGUGUUCAGAGGUUUUCCCGAGCUGCAGAAACACCGCCGUCUGCUGGCGCUGCCGUUCUCCGCCUCCUACCUGACGGUGCUGCUGGGAAACUGUCUGCUGGUGUACGUGAUCCGCAGCGUGGAGACCCUGCACAGCCCGAUGUACCUCCUCAUCUGCACGCUGUGCGUCGUCGACGUGCUCGUGGUGACCGCCAUCAUCCCCAACAUGCUCCUUGGUCUCCUCUUCGACUGGGACGAGAUCUCGCUGGCCGGCUGCUUGACUCAGAUGUUCUUCACUCACUUCCUCUCCUCGCUGGAGUCGACGUUGCUGCUUGCGAUGGCACUCGACCGCUACGUGGCCAUCUGCCAGCCGUUGCGCUACGCCAAAAUCAUCAACUCUUCCGUGUUGGUGAAGUUGCUGCCCUUCGCUCUGGUGCGCAGCGGCUCCAUCAUGGCGACGCUGGUCGCUUUGGCCGGUUCGCUGCGCUACUGCGGCUCCGACACCAUCGAGCACUGCUACUGCGACCACAUGGCGCUGGUGAGCCUGGCGUGCGGCAGCACGGAGAAAAACAGAGCGGCAGGACUCGCUGUGAUCGUCUGCUUCGUGGGCGUGGACAUACCGCUCAUCUUCCUCUCCUACGUGAAGAUUUUGAGCGCGGUUUUGCGAGCGACAGCGGACGGCGAGGAACGCUGGAAGGCGUUCCAUACAUGCGGCACUCACCUUAUCGCCAUGAUGUGUUUCUACCUCGUGGGUAGCGUCACAUUCCUCUCGCACAACCUGAACAUCCCCAUACCGACGGACGCCAAUACCUUCAUGGGACUCGUGUACAUUCUGUUCCCGGCGACAGUCAACCCCGUCAUCUACGGAGUUCGAACUAAAGAAAUUCGGAAGGGUUUUUUUAGGAUUUUUCAAGUCAGAGUGAAGACAAUAAGGAAGGUUUCUCCUAUGGAAAAGGACAAACAUGACAACAUUUUGUCUGACCAAACAUGCCUGUGA